AUGGGUCAACAACUAUCCAAUGCUAAUUCGCAAAUUGUUGACUUAACAAACGUGGAUGGCGACACUCUCAUUUCCGCUGAAAUCGUGUCUGAGACUGGUCAGGAAGAUAUCAAUUUAUUUUUGUCUAUAAAAGUUCCUCCUGGUUCAACGAAUUAUGAAUAUCAGAUGUCGAACUCUGAAAAACCGUUGAUAAAACAAAUUCAAAAUCAUCUAUCUCUACUAACUAAUGUAGUGGCAAUCAACACUCAAAAUGACACCACGUUUAUGGCGAAUGUUCUUACGUCGAUUAUUACUGAUUACAAACGAGUAAUACAAGAAAUGAAAGAUAUUCUUGAAAGACAAGAACAACUAAAAACAUCUCUAACGAAUAAGUUAGAAGAUCAGAAGCAACGAAAAGCUGAAUCGAAUGAUCACCAACCCUCGUUCGUAUCCAAACUUUCCACUCUAUUAAAAUCAGCAGAAAAAAAUAUUUCAACAGUAGUUCAUCACUUAUUCGAACCGGCAAAGCAUAACGUCGAUGAAUCACCUUUGUCGGCUGAUCGAAUUACUGAAAGGCAAGUGACAAGAAUUCUGCUGAAUUUUUCAAAUGCCACCGCAGUAUUCAAAGAUGUUCUACCCAUACUAGACCAAUUGAUAUUCGAUACGGUCGAUGUUUACAAUGAACGAAACGUAUUCAUAGAAAUGAACAAUCGUUUCACAGCGAUUCGUGAUGAAUGGGAAAAAGAACAAAUAAAUGAGUCGGAGUGUCAUUCUAAUUCGAAUGCGGCGGCUUCUGAGCAACACAAUAACACAGAACAGAAACAAACAACAGGUUAG